UGUGCACGGUCCCUAGCGUGGUGAUUUGCAUCCUGCUGUGGGCCUUGCUCGUUGGUUGCUUCUAGCAGCUGUCUCAGUCGGAUUCUGGCUGAGAAAGAGACAAUCCCUGGCCUGUCCUUUUACCAAUGCCCAGUGGGUGACAGGCUCUUUCCCAGAAGCUGAAGGAAGAUACUCUGGCUGGUCCUUCUCUCCCAAGUCAAGUGGCUUCGCUGGCAAUGGAUUGCCUUUCUGUGAGCUUCUGCCCUGGCCAGGCUUUUCAAAUCUAGUCUGUGAAGCCAGGUAGGAAACACCCCCAGAAAAAUGACUGAAGAACCCAUAAAAGACAACCUGGGAUCCCCAAAUUCUCCCACGCCCGUGAUAAUGGAGAAAACCCCUAAGAGUGAAGUUGUGAUCACCACUGUCCCCUUGGUCAGUGAGGUGCAGCUGAUGGCCGCCACAGGGGGUGCGGAACUCUCCUGCUACCGCUGCAUCAUCCCCUUUGCUGUGGUGGUUUUCAUCGCCGGGAUCGUGGUCACUGCCGUGGCUUACAGCUUCAAUUCUCACGGUUCCAUCAUCUCCAUCUUUGGCCUGGUCCUUCUGUCCUCUGGACUUUUUUUAUUAGCCUCCAGCGCCUUGUGCUGGAAGGUGAGACAAAGGAAUAAGAAAGUCAAGAGAAGAGAGAGUCAGACAGCUCUGGUGGUAAAUCAGAGAAGCUUGUUUGCAUAAGGCUGACUGAGACCAAAUGGGAAAUUCCAUCCUAAUGUUCUGCUCCGACUUGUUGAGUUGUUCAUAUGGAACCAGCCCAGGACGGAAUGGGCUGAACUGUGGAAUGGACUACCAAAAUGAAAAUAGGGCAUAUAGAGGACUGAAAAUGAAGGGUCAUGACAGUUCCCCUUUGUAGGGAAUACCAUCUUUAAUGACAAACUUAAUCCUAAGGGCUAUCUGUAUGACAAAAGAAUCAGCUUUCUUUUUAUCUUAAGCAUUUGCAGAGCAUGGGAUUUGUACAACACUAAAUGACAGUUGGUUCAUCUAAUAGAGUACCCUAGGGUUGAUGGACAGAUGAAAGAACCCUGGAAAUAGUCCACACUCUGGAAGGUGGUGUUAUAAAAAUGUUCCAUCAAAGGCCUACAUUGGUUUGGGAUUUCCAUGCACCUAAAACAUUCUGUUAUAUAUAUUUUCCAAUGAGUUGAUUCUCUGGCCUCCCUUUAAAAAAGAUUUUCUCUUUGAGUAACUCAUCACUAGUGGUACUUUAUCAUGAAGAAUAAACUAAUUUUUUUAUGUAUUUUAACAAUGGACAAUUUUAGAUGAUUAUAAUGAUAAUGUCAGAAGAAAGCAGGAAGGUAGAAGAUAACACAAAUGGCAUGGGGGGUAAAUUAAUACUGAAGUAAUCGAAUACAGCACCUUUAAUGGUUUUUAUACAAAAGUUUAAUGUGCAUUUCACUCAAAAUAAUAAAUACUCAUGGCUGCUAAAACUUAA